AUGAAGAUUAAUCUGGUUCUUCAGCCCCGAAGGCAUCGAAGGGGACAGGAAAAGCGCUCCAACAGCUCGCUUUCAAGGAAAUCCCGACUGGAGCAGGCGGAUGAGCAUAAGGAGAACGAGUGGAUAGUCUCCAUUCUCCCCUGCAUCGAGGCCGAACAAGCGAAGCGUCCCCGAACAAUCGAUCUCGACCAGCGCGGAUCUCCCCUCAACGCGCCAAUGGUCGCCAACAAAUUGACAUCCACAGCGUCAGGGCCGACGAUAUUUAUGGCUGGCGAUCGGUGGCUCGGGUCGCAUAUCAUUGGGGAUUUCUUGUGGAUACCCCGUUUCUCUGGUAUCACCAAGUUCUUGUUGGUAUUGGUCAUG